AUGUAUAACAACAAAACAGUUUUGGAUCACGUUCUAUGGCACAUGGAUCCAGAGAUUUUCAGAUGUGAUAUUUGUAACAAAUCGCUGCCAAAUCGAUACAGUUUGAAACAACACAAUGAUUGGCAUUCAAAUGAGUUUUUUUGCAAUACGUGCCAAAAGCCCUUUCAAAGUAGAAAUCUAUUGAAUGACCAUUUGGAAAUACACUGUGAAAUGCAACGCAAUUUCAUUUGCGAUGUAUGCGACAAAGGCAUCACUGAAGGUACAGUGGUUUUUUUAAAAACAUUUUUACAUAAUUUUUCGUCUUCACUUCAUUCUGAAUUGGAUCACGACGCAACGCAUACGAACAAUAAGGUCUAUAAGUGCACCUAUUGUGAUGAGACAUUUAUUUGGCGGUCAAACAUGUAUAAACAUAGAAAGAAUGAGCACGAAGCAGAAUGGCUGGCCGAUAAGGCGAAUAAAGAAGUGGCAAAAAUGAAUCCAUGA